AUGACAUGUUUACUGUUCCCUUGUGCCUCGCCUGGUGCCCUUGAAGUCCUGAGCCGUGUGAAACUCCCAAGCCGAAGCCCAAGGAAGCGGAGCGUGGCAGUGGAGACAGGUACAGUGGAGGCGGGUACAGUGGAGGCGGCCUCAGAAACUUCAUUGUCGACAGCUUUUUCCUCCGAUGAUGACUUUGUCGUUGAGAGGAAGAAAAACCUACCUCUAAAGACCCCGGUCAGAAGACCCUUGUCCCAGUGUAACACUCCAGUUUUCCUCAGCGACAGUGAAGAAGAUGAUGGUAUUGUGAUGAAGAGCACGUGGAGGACAUGCCACCCUGUGCACCAGCCGCCGCCACAGACGCACAAAGUCAACGUCCUACAAACUGACCCCCUUCCACAGCGGACCCACUCAGCCCCGUCGAAGCUGGAGGACUCAGCCAGCUCAGAGGAAGAGUUCCUCAGCUUACUGGACAGAAUUAAGAAGAACCACAAGACAGGCAACACCCCAACACCUAAACCCAACACAGGGCCCAAUCAGAAGCCCCCUCUGUCAGCUCCACGACAAAAAGCCUGGAAAGAGGUGUGCCCUCGGCCGUUGGUGAGAACGCCCUUGGAUCUGAAGACCCUGGUGCGGCCGCUCGUCUCCAAACCCGCUGUGUCCCAGCCGGAAUCCAGACUCAAGACCAGCGGCCUUUCUUCCUUCAGUGUAUCAGCAGGGUGUCAGACUCCUGGGUGUUUUCUCCAGUCUCUGUCUGGACCAGGCUCCAGCUACAGCCGCAACUUCAAACAGACCAAGGAGGAGCUCACCAGCAAACUGUAUCGCCUGUACAACACCAGCGUGUUCGACAGCAAGCUGCCCAGUAACAUGUCAGUGAGCUGGAAUAACAAGAUGAGGAAGACUGCUGGCUACUGCAUCACAGGGCAGGAGAGAGGAGGAGGGAACCGAUAUGCCCGUAUCCAACUCUCGGAGAAAGUCUGUGACUCUGCAGACCGUCUGCGUGACACGUUAGUCCAUGAGAUGUGCCACGCUGCCACCUGGUUGAUCAACAGUGUGAGGGAUGGACACGGCCCCUUCUGGAAGCUGUACGCCCGUAAGGCCACGCUGGCACACCCCGAGCUGCCCGUGGUCACCCGCUGCCACAGCUACGACAUUAACUACAAGUACCAGUACCAGUGCAGCCGCUGCAAAAACACACUCGGCCGUCACUCUAAGUCCCUGGACACCCAGAGGUUUGUGUGUGCCCUCUGUACGGGUCAGCUAGUCCUGCUCACCCCAGCCAAGCCCCGGGCGCCCACGCCCUUCGCCAACUUUGUCAAGGAGAACUAUGGCAGUGUUCGCCAAAACCUGGUGGGUCAGAGCCACGGUGAGGUAAUGAGGAAACUCAGUGUUGACUUCGCCACCAAGACUAAACUCAGCCAGAACUGAGAGGGAGAGAGCGUGUGAAAGAUGAGGUGGAAUCAUUCUAACCUGGAUUAGACCUACAUUACUCUCAUCUCCUGGACUAUAAAGCACUCUUGAUAAAGCACUCUUGUUCAGUAGUAUCUGUGAAACCCUGUCUGAACAUCUUCGUUCCUUGAAGAUUUCCACUGCUCUGAAGCAAUGGUGGGAUCCUUCUCUUUCAUCCAUCCUAAUGUCGUAGAUUAGUGGGAUCCUUCUCUUUCAUCCAUCCUAAUGUCUUAGAUUAGUGGGAUCCUUCUCUUUCAUCCAUCCUAAUGUCUUAGAUUAGUGGGGAUCCUUCUCUUUCAUGCAUCCUAAUGUCUUAAGAUUAGUGGGAUCCCUCUCUUUCAUCCAUCCUAAUGUGUUAAAGUAGUGGGAUCUUCAAGUUGAUAGGUCUGUCUUAAAUACCUCUGUGUAUGUAUCAGGUUUUCAGAGGCAGCUAUGGAUGAGUCUGUCAUUCCUCAGUAGCUGGCGUCUCACCGUUACAGUGAAAUGAGCCAAGAGACACACUGGACAGUGAUUUAAAGGCAUCGUGAAUCGGUCAUAUUGUUGAGCCUGCCUGUGACAUGGAUUCAUACCCUUCAAAUAUCAUUUUGUGACCAACUGCUUUGAAUUACUUGAAAUAUGAAUCAGGAAAUAGUUCUAUGACGUUUCAUACGGUGCAUAGAAGGCAGAUCUGGCAACUUCACAUACGGUGCAUAGAAGGCAGAUCUGGCAUCUUCACAUACGAUUUAUGUUACAUUUUGAACGUUUGUCUUGGUUUUUUUUUCAUGUUUUGUUUUUGAAUAAAGAUUUCAUGUUUUACA